AUAUCAGUCAAAGAUGAACAACACACUAGCGGUAGCUAUUCUGCUGGGCUGCGUUGCCGGCGCCCUCUGUAGCGGUCUGUACGGUGCAGGCGGUGGAUACGGAGGAGGUCUGGGAGGAGGUCUGGGAGGAGGUCUGGGAGGAGGCGGCUACGGAGGCCACGGAGGAGGUCUGGGAGGAGGCGGCCACGGAGGCCACGGAGGGAUUCUGGGAGGAGGCGGCUACGGAGGCGGCUACGGAGGAGGUCUGAGAGGAGGCGGCUACGGAGGCGGCUACGGCUACGGUAACGGCGGCCACGGCGGCCACGGCGGCCACGGCGGUGGCGCCCUCUUCGGCGGCUUCGGCGACCUGGGUGUCGGCAGCAUCGGUCUUCGUAACUUCGGCGGAGAAUACGUCGACGUCGAAGGUUUCACGUUCAACCAGGGCCGUGCCGACGCCGCCGCCUCCGCUCCCGCCGGAUCUGCUAUCGCAUCCCGUCCGGCCGUCAUCGGCAGCCGUCACAGAUCCGGAUCCGCGAACCAGUUCGAGACGAGCGCGGCCGAGAGAAGCGGAUCCGGAUCGGGACGUGCGGGCGUGUCCAUCAGCGCUGCCCGGCAGGCACAGCAGAACGCCGCGCAGCAGUUCAGUCAGCAGGCUGCCGGAGCCGGACACGCCCGCGCCGGAGCCGCGUACGGAUUCCACAAGUAUCCGGAUGUCGCCUACCAGCCCGUGCACGUCGCCUCGCAUCCGGUCAAGUACGGACCGACGCGCCGUCACGGCUACGGUGGCGCCCACGGCGGCGCUCACGGCGGCGCUCACGGCGGCGCUCACGGCGGCGUGAACGGUGGCGCUUACGGUGGCGCCCAUGGUGGCGCUCACGGCGGCGUGAACGGUGGCGCUUACGGUGGCGGCCACUAGAGCGCGCGUCGCUCCGGUCCGCCAUCUUUGAUCUGCGAAACUUGAUUCUGAGAUUGAAACUUGAAACGAAGCUUUCUAUGAUCUUUGAGCAACGAAAUUUUCGGCGACGACAAAUAAAUGACCCCCCCCCCUUCGAAUUGAACCCGGUCAGAGAUUUGAGUUCCGUGAGGAUGAUCCAUACGGAAACCGAUUCCCGACCGCGGAUGACUCAUUAAUCAUAUUUCCUAUAUUUCUCAAAAAAUUAUGUAAAUCUGAGAGCGGUAUUGAUCACCGAACAGUAAAGACAAAAUUGAUCGUAGAUCGAUCGCCAUACGAUAGUACGUGUACGAUCGUAUGCGCGGUAACUGAAGCAUAUGUGAAACCCACGUGUAGGUCACGUGGAGAAAUUGGGAGAUUUUUGGCCGAGUCUUUACCUGCAACGUGUUAAGCAAUUGUGAUAUUUAUAAGGCCAUCGUAUACUAUGUAUUUAUGUUAUUUAUAUUAUAAUAAAUAAUUUUGCACUGAAA